GACGCCAUAUGUUUGCGCAAAACGGAUCACAAUCAGACGUGUGAAAGCUGUGAAAGUGUUGACGGAUAAUCCGAAUACGAAUAAUCUCCUCAGAUCGGCGGAAAUACUUGUUCAAAAUGAGCAACCGUGAAAUCCAAAUGCGACUCGAAAAACACCGUAAGAGCUUUCGGCAGUUUCGUCAGCAAUUCGCCAAUAUGGUCGAAGCGGUCCAUUCUAUGCAAACCACGAUGAGUGAGAUGAAGGCAAAACACGACGGAAUAUCGAUUCUUCUGGAAUUGAAAUUCAGGUCGUUUCGGCCAGACAAUGCUGGACGAGAUUCUGGAGUAAAAUCGGUAGUCGCUAGGAGUGCAGUUACCCGGCUUGAAGGGGAUCGUAAGAGGCAAGAUGGUCCCAAAUCUUACUCGAAAUCAGAGCCACACGCAGAAGGAAUGGCGAAGAAACCGAAGGCUUACGACACGAGCAGUGAGGAGGAGCCUCCCAGAAAGGAGAUACCUCCCCAUGUAUUGGAGGAACUCGAAAGAAGGCGUGCACUUAAGAGGUAUCAUGCUUAUGCGAGAAGAGUAGCGCUCAGCUACCUGCCGAAGGGACCCGGUAAACCACCCUAUCAACUCUUUUAAAUAUCUAUCGAAUAAUAAAUAU